AUGGAUGACAUGAUCUUCACCAGUGAUGAAAUUGCUGGUAUUUCUAGUCUCAAGGCAUUUCUUAGUCGGCAAUUUGAAAUGAAAUAUUUGGGUUUGCUCAACUACUUCUUAGGUCUUGAGAUUUCUCAAGAUUUUUCUUGCUGCUUUCUUUCACAAGCUAAGUAUACUUCUGAUCUAUUGGCCUGUGCUGGCCUUACUGAUUGCAAGACUGCUUCUACUCCCAUUGAUUCCCAGAUUUUUCUUAUACUUCUUGACGGUGUGCUCUUGUCUGAUGCCAGUUUGUAUCGUCAGUUCGUUGGUAGUCUCGUUUAUUUUACUAUUACUCAACCUGAUAUUGCCUAUGCGGUGCAUAUUGUUAGUCAAUUUAUGGUAGCUCCUCAUUUCCCACAUUAUGAUGCUCUACUUCGUAUUCUUCAUUAUGUUAAAGGCACUAUAUUUCAUGGUCUUCACUACUCCACUCAUUCCUCUCUAGAGUUACAUGUCUUCUCUGAUGCAGAUUGGGCUAAAGAUUCUACUAAUUGGCACUCCACCACUAGGUUCUGUUUCCUUUUGGGGACAAAUGCCAAUGUUUCUGCAAAUAAUAGGACAAAUUCUCAACAAGGAAAGAGAGAGACUUCCUUUUCUGACUUGGGCCCUUUGAAGGACAAUGAACGUCGAGAUCUCAACUGUGCUGUAAAGGAGUAUUUGCUUUUAGCAGGAUACCGUCCUACAGCAAUGACAUUUUAUGAAGAGGUUUUGCAAUUGUAA